UGCAUGCAUGCAAUUUUGUGUAUGCGCAUAUCUGUGUGCCUGUCUCUCUUGACGUCUGUAUGUAUGCGCAUAUGUAUAGCUGCUAAACGACAAACAGGGACUUCUUUCUCAGAUGGCGACGUCACAUGACAAUCAUCUCCUACUCAUUGAUAACAAGGAAGAUAAGCUGCUGAGCUGUCUCCGUGGUGAUGCCAAGGAUCUUCUGAAGAAGCUACAAGACGAGGAGAUAGAGAGGAACCUGCGCAGGGUGUCUGAAGUCAGAGGCUACAUCACAUCCGUACGGGAUAAUCUCCUCUCAGAUUACGAUGAUGACGAUGAUGAUGACGAUGUUGACAUGACGAACACUGAGAUCAUCGAGAAUGGUACGGUACCGAACGAAGAGAGAUUCGAGCCAUGAUAUGACCUACAUCUGCUGUGCUUUCAACUUCCUUGUGGUCGUGGAGGUGAUCAGGAUGAUGCGGUGAUGUCAUAGUGGGGUACUGUGGUGUCUCGGUGGAGAACUGUGAUGUCAUUGUGGUUUACUAUGACAUCGUGACAUGGAGCCAUGAUCUCAUGGAUGUGAACUGUGGUGAUGCUACGAUUGUGAGUUGUGAUGUCAUGGCGAGGAACUGUGAUGUCAUGAUAGUGAAUUAUGAUGUCACUGUGGUGAACCAUAAUGUCAUGGUGGUAAACUGUGAUGUAAUGGUGUCACACAUUGGUGCAUCCGCAACAGACUGUUUCUCAUCCGUUUUUGACAUAACAAUAAUACAUGUAUACAUCAUAGAGGGAUAAUAUGUUAGGCGUGCUGUCGUGUGGCAUAGAGAUAAUGUUAGACGUGCUGUCGUGUGGCGUAGAGAUAAUGUGUUAGGCAUGCUGUCGUGUGGCAUAGAGAUAUUGUGUUAGGCAUGCUGUCGUGUGGCAUAGAGAUAUUUUCCUGUCUUGAGUAAAACGCAACUUAUGUAGUAUAUUUAUAAACCUGCAUAGCUGAUGCUACUGUUGCAGAGUAGUAUUUACAUUCUACAUGUAAUUCUCACAAGACACCAAGACGGAGGACUCUCAUCUGCACUCUAGUUCUUUUUAGAUUAGACCAAUGUAACUGUUCUAGUGUAUUUGAAACCGAUGACCUUAAUGUGCAAGGAUGUACGGACGCUGUUCACCAUGUACUCCAGCCUAGGUGUGCAUGACUGCCAUGUUGCCAUGACAAUGUCUUGAACUGAGUUUAAUGCGUAAUAAGAAGCGA